CUGUUUGAAGCCGUGUCACCACAACAGGACGGUGGAUAUAAAUUCUUCUCUGCUCUCUGACAUCACUGCAGACAGUUUAUCAGCUCCCUUAAGUCCUUAGGAAUCAUAAAACAGACUGAGAGACAGGCGAGCAGCAUGACUUCAGGUCCUCCCCCUUCCACCGAGUGCUUCUCCUUGGCAACAGUCAGCUGACCUGCAGUAGGUAGAGUUCAGUGAAGCACACAAAGAUCACAGAGCGUGCGCUGUCCAUCGCUCACGCUCAAUCAUGUCUCUCAGCGUGAACAGAGAGCAGAGAAAACUCACACAGACUCCUCUGCUUAAGAUCUGGGUGCCAUGGGUUGGCUGCAACUUGAACCGCAGGAGAGGAUCCUCGGUGCCUCAGUUCUGCAACUCUCCCACGAUGAUUGUGAUGGUGGGGCUGCCAGCCAGAGGGAAGACGUACAUCUCCAAGAAGCUAACUCGCUACCUGAACUGGAUCGGAGUGCCCACAAAAUCAUUUAACGUGGGCCAGUACCGGAGGGAGGCUGUGAAAAUCUACAAGGACUUUGAGUUCUUUAAUCCCGAAAAUGAGGAGGCCAUGAAGAUACGCAAGGCCUGUGCAUCAGCCGCUCUCAAAGAUGUUGCUGCGUACUUUUCAAAGGAACAGGGACAAGCUGCCGUAUUUGAUGCCACCAACACCACUAGAGAGCGGAGGGCAGACAUCCUGAGUUAUGCGAAAGAGAGGGGCUACAAAGUGUUCUUUGUGGAAUCAAUCUGCGAUGACCCGGAAAUCAUUGCAGAGAAUAUUAAGCAAGUGAAACUGGGGAGUCCAGAUUACGUGGAUCGUGACGAAGACGAGGCGAUGAAAGACUUCAGCCGGCGCAUCGACUGUUACAAGUCCAGCUACAUGCCCAUCGACGAUGAGAAGGACAGGUACUGA